UGUCGCGGGGCCCGUGGUUGAGCACCAGUUCGAACGGAACAACUCCUAUCAUGAAGCUGUUGCUGCUGUGCCUGUGUGUGGCGGUGGCCGUGGCGGCGCCCCAGAACACCGCCGAACUGCUGCGCAUGGACAGCACGCAGAACGAGGACGGCUCAUUCCAGUACGCCUUCGAAACCACCGACCCCAUCUCCGUGGAGACCUCCGGAGCGCCCAAAAAUAUCGGCGAGGAGGUCGGCAUCGCCAUGCAGGGCAGCUACAGCUUCGAGACACCCGAAGGACAGACCAUCACCAUCAACUGGGUCGCCGAUGAGAACGGUUUCCAGCCCUCUGGAGACGCUAUUCCAGUGGCGCCCCAGUGAUGCGUCCGCUCACAUUGUCCCCUAACGUUGUAUGACCAUUUGAAAUCCCCAACUUUAGCACGCUGAAGAGAGGAGCAUGCUAUCUUCACGGUUGAAAUACGCGAAGUAGUGAAAAGCCCUCGUGCUGACAUCGCGUUCAGCUUUGUUGGUCGGUCAUCGCGGUCGCAAAAAAGCUUGUUUUGACGAAUGAUGGUACUGAAUUCGUGCGAAUACAA